AUGGCCACCAUCGAAGCAUCUGUCGGGAAGACUCCAGCCCAAUUAAUGGCUGAGCGGGACGCCGCUCAAGCCGCUCACCACGUCACUGUCGAAGAUGUGGUUGACGAGGAAGAUAUCGAGCAUCCCCCUCCAUCUCAGCAAACCGGCGCUGCGACUGCUACUGAAUCUCCUGCUACCAAUGGCUCUGCUGGAGUUAUGUCAACUAAGGCAGCUGGUAAGCAGAAGGAGAAGCCUGAUGUUCUGAACACCCAAGACGAAGAUGCAUUUCCCACUCUUGGUGGACAAUCCAAGCCGACUGCUCAGGCUCCUGGCUGGGGCUCUAAAGGUACCCUGCGAACUCCUGCCUCUCCUGCUCUCUCCGGUGCUUCUACUCCUGCCCGUCCUGCCUCUCGAGGUCCUGCCAUGCCUGGUGGCGCAGUCAACCUGCCAAGCCAGAACCGCGACCACUUCGACAUCUCAAAGCAAGAUAUGAACCCCAACGCUCCGAUUCAGAAGGUCUUAGCUGAUGCAAAGAGGAAGUACAAGGUUAAUACUGGCAUUCAAGAGAUCAGUGGUGGCAGGGAACGACGAUUUUAUGCUGAAGGCCCCCAAAAGGCGCAAGUUCGUGCUGCUUUACUCGAUAUUUCAAAGGCUAUCAGCGUCGAGAAGGAUAUCAAACUCCAGAUUCCUGCUUCAGCUUCAGCUGCGAUCAUCGGAAAAGGUGGCUCCAACAUUACUGCUUGGCAGAACCAGCAUGGCGUGCGCAUCAACAUUAAGCGCGAUCCACGAGAACCAUCGGAUGAUCCAAAUGAUCCUCGCAUUGACGUGGUUGAACUCAAGGGCGACGCUGCGUCUGUUCGAGAAGUUCAGUACAAGAUUGGUCAAAUGGUCAAGCAAAAUCAGCCAAAAGUCAACAUGCCAUUGAGAGGUGUGCCACCUGAGCUGUACCCCUUCCUAGCUGGCCAGUACAAGCCCGACAUUGAUCGACUCCAGCAAGGGAACGGUCUCGAUAUCAACAUCCCGCAGUACCACACCUGGCAGGCUCAGCCUCCGCCACGAGCCGCUGCGGAUGGUCGAGCACAGUUUGUGCCACAUGGUGAUUCCCACAUCAUGUUGAGCGGCGAACAGGAGUCAGCUAUGCAAGCCCAAAGAGCCAUCGAGCAGUUGGUCAAGCAACUUCAGGAACAGCUCGCAGUGGAGGAGAUGACAUCCGAGCAAGUUCUUCAUCCUUACAUCGUGGGUGAACGUGGCAUGGAUCCUAUUGACUUUCUUGACCAGACAGGAUGCGCGAUCGUCCUGCCACCUGGUCACCACGAGAGCGACGAUAUUCAUAUCAUUGGUCCUCAAGACAGAAUUCAGGAAGGUCGUGAUUUGGCCGAGCGACUAAUGGCCGAGAAGCACACUCGACCUAUUGAUCUUUCUCGACAGUUCGCAUCUGCGCCUAUGGGUGCAGACAGACAUUCUCGGGCGCUCGCAAAGUAUCUACAGGAGAAAGCAAUCGAGCGCGAAAUCAUGAAUGCCCACAACUCCGAAGUUGUUUUCCCUGUUCACGCUGGUGCUGGACCAAACUGGAACAUCAUCUCCAGUGAUGCUCAGAAGGCAGUCGCAGCCAAGAAUGAUAUCACAAAGAUCACUCAGGCUUUUCCUCCUUCCCGCAUAUCGCUACUUGAGAUGGAUCCUUACUAUCAUCAACAUGUCGGUGAUAUGUUCUCUCAGCAGCUUCAAAAUGAUCACGGUGUAUUUAUGAUGAUUCCGGAUGACCCUGAGGAGCCAAUCAUGCUUGUAUACGAGGGCCCUGAAGAGGCUGAUCCUUAUGCUAAGUUGCGAAGAGGACGACCUACUAGUCCUGAGCAGCAAGAAUUCGAGCGAGCUCUACAAGCGGCACAGGACUUCUUGCUUGGACAAAUUCCUUCCAGAGAUAUUCACGCACGCGACGUGCCGGUGCCAAGAAAGCACCACGAACGCGUAAGGCGACACGUGCGAAACCUUCAGCAGGAGACUCCGGCACAGUUCCCGGUACAACUUGACUUUGGACAGCCUAGUGGAAGACGUGCCCGAGCACAACAGCCACAGGUCGCGGAAAAUGUCUUCUUGCGUGGACCUAGUCCAGACGAGGUCGAGGCUUUGAGACAGCAGAUCGAGAACUUCUUACUUGAGCUUGAACAAGAUGAGAAGGAGCGUGACUAUACGACGACCUUUGACUUUCCAGAAAACUUUAAGAAGAACCUAAUUGGCAAGAAUGGUGCUAAUAUCCAAACAUUGCGUGAGAAACACGAUGUUGAGAUUCACACCAAAGAGCCAGGCAAGGUCGUGAUUCAGGGUCCUCAAAAGAAAGCUGAUGCAUGUAAAGCGGAAAUAGUCAGACUUGGGAAGCAGUACGAAGAUGAGGUCUCGUACACUAUCAAAGUCGACCCCAAAUUCCACGGCGAGCUGAUUGGCAAGAGCGGUGAAAAUCUUACUAAGCUGCAGAAUAAGGUCAACAGGGAGGUCAGAAUUGACUUUCCUCGCGCUAAUAGAGGUGGCGACACAUCCGACAAUGUCAGCGAAGCUGGAGGAUCGACUCAACGUCAAGCCUCAGACGAGAUCAAAAUUCGUGGUCCUCGUGCCAAGGCUGACAAGAUUCGAGAUGAGCUGCUGAGCUUGACACAAUACCUGCAGGACAAUUCUCACACAGCAACAGUAUCAGUUCACCGAGAUCAAGUCAGGAGCUUGAUUGGCCGUGGUGGCUCUGAACUCGAAAGAUUGCGGGGCGAAACUGGUGCGCAGGUCGAUGUCCCUAACAAGCCAGAAGGUGAACGAGUCACCAUUACUAUCAAGGGCUCCAAGGCAGCCGUGGACAAGGCCCGACAGGAGAUACAAAGCAAGGCUAAGGCUUUCGAUGCCAUUACCACACAGACUAUUGCCGUUGACCGAAAGUACCAUCGUGACUUGAUCGGGUCAAAGGGUUUGAACAUACAGAAAAUAGUGCAUGAGGCAGGUGGACCAGAACGAAGUGCCGAGGCCGUCCAAUUCCCGAAGCAAGGCGAGGAUUCGUCAACACUCACGAUCAAAGGUACUCAAGAUGUUGUUGACAAGAUUGUGUCAGCAAUCAACUCUUUCGUCGAGGAGAGGGAUAACCAAGUGACACAAAUUGUCGACAUUCCUGCCGAUCAGCAUAGAAUGCUCAUUGGAUCAGCCGGAAACAUCAGAAAGUCCAUCGAGCAGCAAUUUAGCAUAGCUUUGGAUGUUCCACGAAGAGAAACUGGUAGCACUGGUGUGAAGAUUACAGGUCGAUCCGAUGCGGUUGCACAAGCCAAGCAACACAUCAUUCACCUUACUAAGCAACCAGAGGGUACCACUGUCAUGGUUCCUCGCAACGUUCACCACGUCGUUGCCAAUGAUGGACGCUUCUUCCGAGAUUUGAGCCGCCAGGGUAUCAAAGUCGACCACAAAGGACAACAACCACCAAGGAAACCUGCUGCACAGAAUGGUUCACGGGCACGAGUAAAUGCAGAUGCACCAUUAAUCACGGACGACGUUUCCGAUAGUAUCCAACAUGCCUUCAACCUUCAACUCCUCAAUGCACUCAGCGAGGAAACCGGCGAGAUCCCCUGGGUACUCAUCGGCAACCGCGACGUUACAGAGGCUGAUAUUUCGAAGGUCGCACAGCAGAUCCAAGAUGCCAUCUCCCAGGCCGAAGAGCCACGACACAUUGGAUAUCUGCGUCUCUCAGACCCUGCACUUCAUCGUCACGUCAUUGGUCAGGGCGGACGCACAAUCAACUCAAUCAGAAAACGAACCGGUUGUGAUAUCCAGGUCCCUGGUGGUGCCAAGUCUCAGAAUCAGGGCGAAGACAUUACGAUUGUGGGAGGUAAGGACGAUAUCGAGAUGGCAAGGGAUUUGAUUCUGGAGGAGAUUGAGAAGGCUGGGUCGUAG